ACCGACCAGCUUAUUAAUGAACAUGUGUGCACCUGUUGUUGGUAUUAUGGCUCAACCUUUACAUCACAUCAAACCACAUCUACAACCUCUCCCAACCGGUACAGGAGCGUUUUCUACCUACCACCACAAAGUUCGCUCCCUUCGAUCAAAGGCUUUAAUUACCGAUUACCCAACUUCGCCUACAUAUCUCAUUUACCUACCUAUUUCUAGGAAGCAUCCGUGCACCUCAACACUUGGAAAUGGACGGACUAUAUCGGGAUAUCUUUGACCUUGAACCCGACGCCUGGGAUGACGACCUCUACGCCAAAGCCGAAGAGUUUCUCCAGAAAUGCUCUUGCAACCGCUGCUCUUCGCGUUGCGCUCUGUGCAGGUUCAUUCAGUCUAUGGUACCACCUUCCCACCGGCGUCAACGUGAUAUGCCUAGACAGCGGAAAUCGUCUCGAAAUCGUCUCGUCCACUCCGAACAGCGAGUCACCUAACCGGAAGGAAGCAGCAGCAUCGCUGGGGCCCGACGAGCCCAACGAUACGAGAACCAGACCUGGCGAUACAUCCGAUGGGCGCUGCUAUCUGCCCCCAGUGAGGCGGCCACUCAGAUAUUGUUCAUGCUGCCACCCCCAAUGCUGUGUACAUGCUCAGGACCAGCAUCGAAGGUAUGGGCCUGACAGAUCACUCGACAGGAUAUACAUAUGGCAUGGCGAAGAUCAACUGUUUGCAUUCAUAUGCUUUAGUCGCUCGCCCGCUUUGCAACUUUUAUGAGGUCGGAAGUUCGUAUCACGUCGCCGGAAGACUUUACAGGGUUUGAGAGCGGGUCAGGUUAUAUAUGGGCAGACGUACGGGAGAGGGACUGCUCACGGACUUGGUGUCUGGGCUAACUGCAACUAUCCUCGCAUCUGGCUCUCGAUCUGGUAUUGGAUUCGACGGCAGGCAGAAUUGUUGAUCAGCGAGGUAACCUAGGAGAUGGCUUUAUCUAAUUGAUUUU